GGGCGCGGAACCGAAAUGGGGAAGAUGGCGGCGGGCGGCGGCGGCGGCGGUUCGGGCCGAUAUUACGGAGGCGGUGGCGGCGGCGAAGGAGGGAGGGCUCCUAAGCGCCUGAAAACCGAAGGCGCGGAGCCGCCGCCUCACGGGCCCGGCGGGCCGGGGGGCGCGGGCGGCGGGGCCGGAGCGGGAGGAGCGGAGAAUUAUGAGGAUCCCCACAAGACGCCGGCGUCGCCCGUGGUUCACAUCCGCGGCCUCAUCGACGGCAUCGUGGAGGCCGAUCUGGUGGAGGCGCUGCAGGAGUUCGGGCCCAUCAGCUACGUGGUGGUGAUGCCCAAGAAGCGCCAGGCCCUGGUGGAGUUCGAGGACAUCCUGGGCGCCUGCAACGCCGUCAACUACGCGGCCGACAACCAGAUCUACUUCGCGGGGCACCCGGCCUUCGUCAACUACUCCACCAGCCAGAAGAUCUCCCGGCCCGGCGACAGCGAGGACGCGCGCGGCGUCAACAACGUGCUGCUCUUCACCAUCCUCAACCCCAUCUACUCCAUCACCACGGACGUGCUCUACACCAUCUGCAACCCCUGCGGGCCCGUGCAGAGAAUCGUCAUCUUCCGCAAGAACGGCGUGCAGGCCAUGGUGGAGUUCGACUCGGUGCAGAGCGCCCAGCGCGCCAAGGCCUCGCUCAACGGCGCCGACAUCUACUCGGGCUGCUGCACCCUCAAGAUCGAGUACGCCAAGCCCAGCCGGCUGAACGUGUUCAAGAACGACCAGGACACCUGGGACUACACCAACCCCAACCUGAGCGGCACAGGAGAACCCGGCGGGAACCCCAACAAGAGGCAGCGGCAGCCGCCCCUGCUGGGAGAUCACCCUGCAGAGUAUGGAGGCCCCCACGGCGGUUACCACCACGGCCACUAUCACGACGAGGGUUACCCCCCCCCUCCCCCCCAUUACGAGGGGCGGCGCCUGGGCCCUCCCCCGGUGGGGGGGGGGCACCGCAGGGGUCCCGGGGGGCGUUACCCCCAGUACGGGCACCCCCCCCCUCCCCCUCCCCCACCCCCCGACUACGGACCCCACGCCGACUCCCCGGUGCUGAUGGUGUACGGGCUGGACCAGGCCAAGAUGAACUGUGACAGGGUGUUCAACGUCUUCUGUCUCUAUGGCAACGUGGAGAAGGUGAAGUUCAUGAAGAGCAAGCCGGGCGCAGCCAUGGUGGAGAUGGCCGACGGUUACGCUGUGGACAGAGCCAUCACUCACCUCAACAACAACUUCAUGUUCGGCCAGAAACUCAACGUCUGCGUUUCAAAGCAGCACGCCAUCAUGCCGGGGCAGUCGUACGGGCUGGAGGACGGCUCCUGCUCCUACAAGGAUUUCAGCGGCUCGCGCAACAAUCGCUUCUCCACGCCCGAGCAGGCGGCCAAGAACCGCAUCCAGCACCCCAGCAACGUGCUGCACUUCUUCAACGCGCCGCUCGACGUCACCGAGGACAACUUCUACGAGGUGGGCCUUCAUCAC